AUGGCCGAAGACAGAGCCCCAGACGUGGCCAGUGAGGCGGACGACGACAACACCUUCACCAUCCACGUCAGCUUCCGCAAACAAGUAUACGACUAUGAAUUCGACCACGACGCCGUCGUCACGGAGCUGCUCGACACUCUCGAGGAGUCACUCGACAUACCCGUGCAGAACCAGAAGAUCAUCGUGCCCGGCGCACCGCUGGUGACAUGCAAGACCAAGAACCCACAGCAGCCACUGUCCGACUGGGCUGGCAAGAAGCUCAUGCUGAUCGGGUCGAACCUCAAGACGAGCAUGGCGGUGGAGGCUAUGUCCGCGCGCGUGGCUAAGAUCAACGCCGCCAAGGCCGCCCAGCGCCGAAAGAGCAAGGCGCCGAGGAAGACGACGCCCCACGCCGAAUCGUCUCAGUAUACAUUUGCGCAGGUCCGACCGCUGAACAACUUGCCGCGACCAGAGAAGAGUCAGAUGCUGCUGAUGCGGCUGAAGAACGACUCAGGCAUCAAGCGAACCAUGGCCAAGCACAAGUUCACCGUGGCCCUGCUGACGGAGAUGGAGCCGCUGUCCAAUACGGAGUCAAACCACGAGGGCACUUCACGCAUCCUGGGACUGAACCGCAACAAGGGCGAGGUGAUUGAGCUUCGGCUGCGCACGGAUGCGUACGACGGGUACCGCGACUACAAAGUGAUCCGGAACACUCUCUGCCAUGAGCUGGCGCACAAUGUCCACAGCGACCACGACCGCAACUUCUGGGACCUGUGCCAUCAGAUUGAGCGCGAGGUGGCCGCGGCCGACUGGCAGCAUAGCGGCCAGACUCUUGAUGAGACGUCCGUGUAUCAUAGGAACGGUACUGUCGAGGAGGAAGAGGAGGCAUACCCCGACGAUCACGGCGGUUGGGAGGGGGGCGAGUUCACACUGGGCGGCGUUAGAGACGACGAGGCGGGCAUGAGUCGGAGGGAGAUUCUGGCCCGCGCGGCGAUGCAACGGCAGAAGAAGGACGAUCAGUCGGAGCGCGAGGCCGAACAGGGAUGGCGGCCGUGCCAGCGACCCCGUCCGAACGAGGAGGCUGAGUGA